UGUUAUUCGCUUUCAGAUCGGUCGUUGUUUGAUUUCAUUUUAUAAAUCAGUGGCUAAUAACAAAAAUAUUUAAAUUUUAAUACAAUGGCUUUGAUUGCAGGAAUUAUAAUAAUUAACACUGUUUUAUUCGGAACAGUUUACUCAAACAAAUGCAGUUCAUUUGAAAUAAGCAAGGACAAUCUUAAUAAAGCAUUGAUUGGUCAUUCCGUGUUAGAAGUUAAUGAUAAAAAUCAUCACGAUUGUGCGCGGACCUGUAUGUCAAUGUCCGUCUGUAAAUCGUUCGACUUUGACAGAAACGAGCACGUGUGUAAAUUAAACGAUGUUGAUCAGUCGUCCGUUGAUCCAUCGGAGUUUAAAACAAAAGGAGGCGCUAUAUUUUCUGAUAUCAGCGAAUGGCCUAGCUCAAUGGUUGGAAGUUGUAGCUCAAGGCCGUGUAAAGCGAACCAAAGGUGUUACCAAAAUGGUGCUUCACAUGUAUGCAAAGACAUAAGUACAUCCUGUGCUUUUGAUCAGAAAAUUGAAAAUGGUGAAAUACAAAUUAUUAGUCCUGACAAAAACAAGUUUUUAGACGUAGCUCAAGUAAAAUGUGACAAAGGAUAUGUUCCUAGUCAACAAGAGGUGAAAUGUGAGGCUUCAGGAAAAUGGCAGCCUGCUACGUGCACGAAAGAAAAAUUAAAUAUCGGAUGUUAUUGCACGGAGUCGUCACACUUGUACAAUGGUACCAAAAGCACUACAUGGAACGGUAAAAAAUGUCAAAGAUGGGAUGUGCAAAGUCCACACAAUCAUUCAAUUGACUUAAUAUAUGAUUUCCCGGAUGCAAGUCUAACUGCUGCCGAAAACUAUUGUCGUAAUCCUAAUUAUGAUGGCGACGAACCCUGGUGUUAUACGUUGGACCCGAAUGAACGCUAUACAACAUGUGGAAUACCACAGUGUUCAUCCUGCCAAAAACCAAAUAUCGGAUGCUAUAAUCAGGGGGAUUCACGCUCGUACAAUGGUACAAAAAACACUACAUGGAACGGUAAAAAAUGUCAAAGAUGGGAUGAGCAAAGUCCACACAAUCAUACAAGGGACUUUAGUUAUGAUUUCCCGGAUGCAAGUCUAACUGCUGCCGAAAACUAUUGUCGUAAUCCUGAUCAUGACGGCGACGAACCCUGGUGUUAUACGUUGGACCCGAAUGAACGCUUUACAACAUGUGGAGUACCACAGUGUUAACAAUUAAAGAUCCUGUAUGUUGUAAUGAGGGUUGUAACCACACUUGAGUGAAAUUUUAUAUAUGUAUAUAACCAUGCUUCUA